GCCUUAUCUGUCGUCAAUUUGGUAUCUUUUUCACGGCAGUCGCCUUUGCAAGGCGCUGACGAACUCGCAGCUAGCAAGGAAGUGUCGAAUGCUUGGGCUGCAGUAAUCGCACGAAUCAUUUCUUCAGCGAUAUGGGUAAGUUAGGAAAGAUGUUGCGGUCUUUUUGAUUGCUUAACUGUCUGUUAGAUGCUUUAUGAUAGCCCUGAUGAUGGGCAACAAUUAGCUAACAGUAGUUGUGGUAGGGCUAUUGCAACAAUUAUUUCAUUUGUCGUAUUAACAUGUCUGAGACAAGCACAUAUGCUCAAAGGAAUACCGUCGGAAGCCCCUAAUCUGGAAAUUCGACUGGAAUAAUGGACACUAAAGCACAUCAUAACGCGUAAAUUAUCGAACGAGUUCAAUUUUUUGAAUAUGCACUCUUAUACAACACGCAUAUUACAACAUACAUUUAUCUGUGGAAAGGAGCACCUCUGAACGCUGUUAUUCAAAUUUUACAUCCUGUGAUCAUGCCCUCCUUUUUUGAGUGAUUUUUCGUACCAUUCCUCUCUUUAAAUUGACGAAAUAUGGCCUCAGAUACUUAGAGGAAAAUUUUCACCCGUGAAACAUGACCGAAAUCUGAGCCAAUAUAAGAAUUUGUUGUUUUGUUUGAAAAGUGAGACCUUUGCGCCCGUCGAAAACACUUCACUUCUUGUUUUUCCAAGAUGUAAUGCUUGUUUGGAUUUCUUCCAGUUGUACGUGAUCAACAUCAUCUAAAUAUUUAAAAUAGCUGUUAUUUUUAUUAUUAACAGGUUUUAAUGAGUUUUUGAAUGUAUUAAACCAGUUAAAUUUGCAGCGUUUUUACCUACAAAACGAGUAGGAAGCCACAUUUUCUAAAUAUAACCAGGGUAUAGAUCGAUGCCAGCGCAGAUAUGUAAGAUUUUAAAAACAAUUCGAAACAAUUAGUAUAUAUCUGAACAUGAGACAAGCUGUUGAGAAGGGUUCUGCGCUUCUUCUGGCUUGCAAUAAAAGAAAACCAACAAAAAAGGUUGUUUCCAGUUUUUCUAAGAAACGAAGAGAAAACACUUAUGAUUUUUAAUGCGCACUUCAUGCUGUGAAAAUACGUCAAAUAUUCGUCAUUUAAUUUACCGACUCAGGCUUAUCAGCAUGGCGCGAGGCGACUAUUCCGACAGAUGGCUUAAGUUCAGAUACUAAAGAAGUUCUUCAAUUAAGAGAUAUUUGGGUACGUGUUGUACAAUUGUGAUCUUUGACUAUGAAGGCCAAGCAAAGCUGCCUUUCAUCUUUUGCUCAUAGUAUACUAUAGCUUGUACGGCUGGCACGGGAACACUCUUUUCACAUGUUUUCAAAAUCUACAGAGCGCCGAUAGUACUGAUUUGAUUGAGUUCCAGUUAUCAUUUUACAGGGCUACCUAGAGUGAUAACAGCUUGCUUGCUUAUGUGGAUACUUACCUCUCACAAGGUGGAAAGCUCUCAAGGUAAGUGUUUUUAUUGAGGGUUUGAAUCUCUCUCCCGAGUCUCAUCCGCAGAGACUCCUGCUGAGUAUCCCAAUACAAAUAAAAAUAAUCGCUUCCUCUCUUUCCCUUUCCCAUCGUGCCCCGCGCGCUGUCUUUUUCCUUCUCCCCAGCCCCCCUGCGACAUAAGGAAGCCUCCGGGGGAGGAGAGAGGUUUUGAAUGCAUAGUAAGGGUGGCUAUACUAAUGCAGGACCCUCACUAGUGCCCAGUCGUCUCUAUUUGGAUCGAACGCGUCACCGAAGGGAGCGCGAGGGGUGAUGGGAAGGAGGAAAUCUCCCACCUUUAAUCUUACCUUUAAUCCUCCCCAUCAUCCCUCGCUCUCCCCCACGCUUCUCUCGUCAAUAUUAAUAGGAGACUGAGAGACGACUGGGGAUGAGUCAUCGCAGGAUCCGGCACUACAUGAUAAAGACAUCAUGAUCAAGACAUCAGUCUGCUAUUGGGCUCCUGGCCCUGGGGUUUAGGUGUGCUAAGAUAUUGCAGGCAACUCGGAAAAAAACGUUAACUACGCUUGUAUUUAAAUUCCUUUUUAGUAGACAUGCGAGGUUUUUUUCAAAAUGUUGGGAACGAAAAGAACAUACGAUUCCCAGUCUACAAAGAAGUGAAGGGCUACGACAUCUUCUUGCGGUUCACAACUUCCCAAUGCACAGGACAACUACUAGACAUCACCAGCAGAAAUAACAAGCAGUACUUACGGAUUACACUUCUGGGAGUCGGUCCUAUUCGUGUUGCGUUCAACACCCGUCGCGGAAAGGGUCAAUUGGAUAUUGCAAUGCGAUCAAAAGGGAGCUUCUGCGACGGAAAGAGGCACACUUUCAGCUUGUCCUUAUUCCGUGGGGCAGUAUACUAUAACGUGGAUGGGUCCUCCUAUAUAAGGUACUACGUGUCGCGUUUGGGAGUGCCAUUUUCAUCGCCAGACAAAAUUGUCCUCGGUAAAGGUGUUCAGGGAUGCAUCACUGAUUCUACUGUAACUGUCCGCGCUAGCAAAACGCAAGAAUACGUUUUGCAAAUGUCAGAUGAGUGUUCCGUCAAAAGUGAGUGGUGUUCUUUGCAUUUGCUCGUCUUAGUGAAAGUAAUUAUGAUUUUUCCUCGUAAGUAACACAUUAAUGAUGCGAAUAUUCCAUCUCCGAGUUGACCCAAACCUCUGUUUCAAAGCGAGGCUAGGUGCGACGCUAUUGAUAUGAAAAUGAUUGUUUAUUUUCAUGCGAAUAAAAUUCAUUUUCACAAGAAACGUUUUGCACAUAGCCUCGUUUUGUAACAAGUGGCUGGUGAAAAUCACGUGGCAGAAUAUAUUAGGCGGAUCAGAAAUGACAACGCGAACGUACAUGAUAACCCGAAAGCGUUCGGAAAGGACUUAACUCGACUUCUGGUGCUUCAUUCCUGCCCUCUCAUUGGUGAAGCUAGUUUUUAGAUCUGCGCGCAGUGUUACUGCGGUCUCGGUUUCUUUGCUAAAUCUGCCUAUUGUCAGUGAUCGGCUCCUGCUAUUGUCCAAAAUAGACAGCGAUCUCAAGAGAAAGCGCUGUGAUACAGAGGAAAGAUUUGCGAUCUAUACUUCCAGUGCGGGUUUACUUUUUCAUUUUGGCCAGUCCUUCUUUGUCCUCAAGUAGUUACAAAACACGCGAACUAUAGGGGUAAAAAGAUGAGAUUUCAUUUCCUAUCUCUUUUUUUAACAGAGACCACCCUCCGGCCAUCCAAACCACCAGUGAUUACCUACAGUGCCAGAAAAAUAGCGAGGUCAACAGUGUCAGUCACGCCAAAGUGUGAACCACUGACACUCACAGCCUGUAAAGAACUGGGCUACAAUCUCACACAAGUUCCAAACGCCCUGCAGCAGAAGACAUCUAGCGACGCAUCGAUGAAAUUGUUAGUUCUUCUAUCAAAUUUACGGCCGAACUGUUCUCCUCAUCUUAUUCCAUUUUUGUGUCAGUUGUAUCUCCCCCCCUGCGCUCUUCCUCAGCAAGCCGCCCCACCCUGUCAGUCACUGUGUCAGAGUGUCCAGGAAGACUGCGCAAGUGGUGUAAACCGCUGGCCGGCUCAUCUGAGCUGUAAGAGAUUCCCACGAGCCAAUAAUGAGACGAAAUGCUUCCUAGGAUCGACUAAGGUAACUUCAAGGCGAACUACACUGUUGAGAGGCGAGAAUUUAUCAGAAGAGGAUCUAACGGAGACAAAUACAAUGAAAAAGACAGACAAUAAAUCAAGGAAAUAUUCCCCAAGGAAAGACGUGAAAACAACCGAAAUAGUUUUCAAGCCAACAACGGCAAACCCAAAAAGCAGUCGGCUUAAAACAAACGACCGUGAGAGCAAAUUUACAACCAAGAUGAAUUUAAUCACAUCUGGUGAAGUAAAGGCAUCCAUGAAGCCACUUACAACCAAACCUAUUACAAGGUUGAUCACAGAGACGAUAACUGCCGGCAAGUAUACAAAAAUAAGCAAAGAGAAAUCAGUUACGGCGAGAAACAAAAGGGAAUCUUCAACAACAAAACCAACGACAACAAAAACAACAGGAAAACUCACCACUAUAAUAAAAAAUGUAACAGUUACUCAGAAUUACACGAAAAUACGCCUGAGAAACCCAACGAGGAUCUUUAAUAGGACCAGACCCACCAGACCCAGUGUGAACACAAACGCAAGCCAAAGCCAGUUCAAUUCUUCUGUUUCUCCACUGCUUACUGUGACACCGACAACUAAUAAUGUCGAAGGUUUGUAUUAGCUGAGAAUAAUUACAUGUAAAAUGAAAUUUAAGAGCAGAGAAAGAUGACUUUUCUUGAGAAUGGAAUCCCAUAGUGAAGCAAACGUUUUCCUGCCCUUUUUGUUAGUAACACAUACGCGCUUCAUUUCUCGGAGUAACAAAAGUUCCUUACAAUUUUUGUUUCAAACAGAAAUUGUUGUUCGUCAAACUAACAGACCAUGGAAAGGGAAUGCAUGAAGUAUUUAGACGGAAAGAGCAGGAUAAAAGUUCCCAAAAAGUCUUCCAAGCAAGAAAAUGUUAAUUGUUACUUCGAACUUUACUUUUUAAGAGAUUUUUCAGACGCGGUCAUUGUCUUUCUUUGUACCAACCACUCAAAGAUGUUUUUAUAAUGCACAGGUACAACGGAAAAGAACGGAGGCAAAUGUAUGAUAUAAAUCUUUCUUUGAAUCAUGUUUUCAAAACUGACUUUUUCCUUCGCUCUUUAAAUUUCGUGCUUCCACGAAAAAAACAGAACUCCUGAUCAUAGGUUACACUGACCCGUCCGUUGGCCAUUUUUACACUCGGGUCAAUGAGGCUAAAAAAAAUUUAAUAGUUAAAGCCAUCCCCUGUUUUGUGUUAUUUCAGGUGGUUGUGGAGGUGUAUUGGCAACUGCUAAAGGAAAGCUUAUGUCACCAGGUUACCCAGUUGGGUAUCCUUCAAACACAACUUGCAGAUGGACAAUCGCUUUACCAAACAACUAUCAUGUGAUCAGAUUUACAAUCCACAGAGUUUACCUUGAGGAGGAUCGAAACUGCGUGUAAGUUACUCAGAGAAUUUCUGUCAAACGUUUAGUAUUAUAAUUAUACCAAUGAAAUUUAAGGACUCCUUUAGGAUAGCUUUUGUAUUCUACUUAGGAGACUUAACGCCAAAAACGACGCGCAUACAUUUUUCUUAAAGGGAAACAUUUGCCUUACUGCUGGUUUGCACGUGACGUCAUGGCAUGGUUGGUGGUGAAGAACAAAAACAUUUCUGGGGGCUAAACUCCAUUUUCAUGUAAAUUCUUUGAAAUAAUUGUUAUUGUAUUGACCACCAACAUGGCCACCGUAUCACGUGGUUGCAAAUCAAGAAUAACUUAGACUUCUACUGAUCGUAAUUCGAGGGAACAACGAAAACCUGAUGACGGCAAAAACCUUGCGCAGCCUUAACAAUUUGUAAUUAAGCGAAAAGCUACUUUAUCAAUGGAAUACCACUGGGGCCUCUGGGCUUCUUUUACCAAAUCCCAACCCACAAUGAAACAAUUGUUCCGAAAAGUACUCCUACCUACAUCUAUUCCAAACUUAGGAGAUUUACGACAGCGCACAGUAAUUUUUAGGGAGUUAUUAUAACUCCGAAAAUGGAGUAAAAAUUUUAGAUACAGGAUAAUUCAUUUUUUUGGGUUAUUUUAACUCCUCAAUAUCUGGGGUGAUUUUUACGGCUGAAAAAGAGUUUUUUAAACUCCUUUUUGGAGUUAAAAUAACUCCACUGUAAGGAGUUAUUAGAGGAGUUAUUAUAACUCCUUGAAAAUUACUUUGCGUAAACGCACCCCCAUCAAAGCCUGAGCAAACAGUUAUUAUUAUUUUUUUUUUUACAGAUAUGACUACAUUGCAGUGUACGAUUUAUUGGACAACCAAGUUGGUCAGCGUUACUGCGGCUCAAUCAUGUCACCUGUGUACAAAGAAGUCAAAGGCAAUGUAGCAGUGGUCGUUUUCCAUUCAGACUCCACUAACAGUAAAAAGGGUUUUGUUCUUUCCUACGAAGCUCACACAUGCCUCACGUCAGCUAAAGUGGAAGAGUGACGGAUGAUUUGGUCAACGACGAGCGAUAUUCAAAGUGAACUUUGCUAUCUCAGUACCAUUAUAACACUUAUUCAGUUAUGGAGAGGUCCAGCCGGGAAACUUUACCCUCGGACAAACAGGCCUUUUAUCAUAAACAGCAAUAAUUUUAGUUAAGAAAAAUUAAAGAUCACAUUAUUAUAUUAAGUAAAUUAAAAUCGAUUUAACGAAAUUUCUUGAAAGGAAUAUGAAAUUAAGUUGCUUCGAAUCGUUACGAAGAAAGAUGCAUCAAUUGUUUGCAAAAUACCAUGAAAUACCACGAUAGACUAGAUUUCUAGAUAGUCAUGAACUUGGUCGAACAAAGCGAGAACGUUGCAAACCAGAUUCGAUGACAAAUCGGUGAGAAAGUACGGACAACAAAGGGCUAGAGCAAGGUAACAAGUUCCUUGAUCACUCAAUUACCUUACUAUUUAGUAACUCUUCAAGUCCCAAGGGUGAUCAAAAUCUAUCAUGUCCGAGCAAUAUCAAUACAAGAUCAAAAGAAAAAGUAAUGAGAUUUUAUAAAAUGAUCCCCUACAGUUAAUUGCUUUGAUCUUUUAACAAAAUCUCCCAAAUAAUUCUCUAACAAAAUGUAGAGAGAAGAGUUCAUGAUAGAACGGACAAAGAGAAACCCCCAUUAACGUCAGUUUUCGUUGGGUGGGAACUGUUAACCAGCAUUUUAACCCAAAA